AAAACCUUCUUUUUUUAAUUAUCAAAUUUGCUCCUUUUCACUCUCGUAUCGAACCCACCCUCUCCUCUUUCUCUCUGCUCCUUCCUCCAAAACCCCUCUUUCUGGGUCACGGCUAGGGUUAGGGUUUUUCUACCUUCCUUAUCGACUAGUCUUCUUCCACUUUCAUUCGAUCUCUUGCUUCAAUUGAACCUUUUAUACUAAGCUUUCGUUCUCAACCUUAUUUACUUGAAGUUCAUUUUUUAUCCGGAUCCCGACCCAUGGAUAUCCGCAAGAGGGGAAGACCCGAACACAGCUUCAAUAUUAAUGGCGGACUUAAGAAAUCUAAGCAAGAAAUGGAGUCCUUAUCAACUGGUGUAGGAAGCAAAUCGAAGCCAUGUACCAAGUUUUUCAGCACUGCUGGUUGCCCAUUUGGCGAGGGCUGCCACUUCUUACACUUUGUUCCUGGUGGUUAUAAUGCGGUUGCCCAGAUGAUGAAUCUAACACCUGCAGCCCCUCCAGCAUCAAGAAAUGUUGCAGCCCCACCACCUGUACCUAAUGGGUCCACACCACCAGCUGUUAAGACCCGCUUAUGCAACAAGUUUAAUACGGCUGAAGGUUGCAAAUUUGGUGACAAAUGCCAUUUUGCCCAUGGUGAAUGGGAACUUGGCAAGCAUAUUGCUCCAUCAUUUGAUGAUCAUCGCGCCAUGGGACCGCCUGCAGCUGGUCGAAUUGGGGGUCGAAUGGAGCCUCCUCCUGGUCCUGCUUCAAGUUUUGGUGCCAAUGCCACUGCCAAGAUUAGUGUAGAAGCUUCCUUGGCUGGAGCAAUCAUUGGGAAAGGUGGUGUGAACUCAAAACAGAUCUGCCGGCAAACUGGAGCCAAACUUUCGAUCCGAGAGCAUGAAUCUGACCCAAAUCUAAGAAAUAUUGAACUUGAGGGGAGUUUUGAACAAAUUAAGGAAGCAAGUAACAUGGUAAAGGAUUUACUGUUGACCCUGCAAAUGUCUGCACUGCCUAAAACAACUGCCGGGGUUCCUGGGGCACCUGCCCCCCAUGGAAGCAACUAUAAGACGAAACUGUGUGAAAAUUUUGCAAAAGGAUCUUGUACUUUUGGAGAACGAUGUCACUUUGCACAUGGAGCUGCUGAAUUGCGUAAAUGAGGAAUAUGAAGUUUCGCUUAGGUGCAGUAGCCAGGGUUAUAAUUAUUAUUAUUGUUGUGCAUUGCUACUUUAGUAGUACUGACAGGACUUCUGAUGUUAGUUUUGUUGUUGAGUUUCUUUAAAUAACUACUCUUGUUUUUCAAUUGCAACUUUCGCUUAUAUCAUGAAACUGGAGUUCUCUUUAGC